ACAAUGAAAGGAACAAAACUUUCGAAGUAGCAGAUGACUCCCCAAACCUCAUUUUCUCUCUCAUGUCGAAAACCCUUCUCUCCCGCAUCAAACCUCGUCACAACCCCAAACCCAGUUCUUCCCCUUCCUUCUCCUUCAAACCCCACAUCAAGCGACUCGUCAACGAACUCUGUGACAUCCUCAAAACCCACCACCACAAUCAAUGGCAAGACACCCUCGAAACCCACCUCUCCGAAGAAGAAAUCGUCCCAUCUGACAUUGCCCAUUUGGUGCUCGACAGAAAAAAAAUUAAAGCCUGAUCUCCCUUGUCUCUAUCUAAAAAAAGCCCUAAUCUGUGUCUCUCUAUGUUGGCCCGCCCCUCCCUCUUUCUGUAUUCUCUCUCUCAAUCGGUGCCCACUCUCUCUAGCUCACCGAAGUCCCUUACCACCAUUGCUCACGUCCGUCGCACAUCGCCAUCGACAUCGCCCUCUGUCUAAUGGACUCCUCACUUCUGGGCCGUGGAAGCAGGGUUGGAGGGUGAGAUACGAAGGGAACGAGUGGGAUUCGGAGACCUUGAAGGUUUUUGUGGUCCCUCAUUCGCAUAAUGACCCGGGUUGGAAGCUCACUGUUGAGGAGUAUUAUGAUCGACAGUCGAGGCAUAUUCUUGAUACCAUCGUCGAGGCUCUUUCGAAGG